GUUUCUUCCCUUUCAGGCUUUAUUCCUUUUGUUUUCUUUUUUGUCUUUUCCUUUUUUGCCCUUUCCUUUCCUUUUUCUCCCUUCUCUUUAAAAUACUGGUGGGUAGGAGUUCCACUUCUAUGUUCAAUACAGGGUCAGUGGGCAUUCUCAUGUUCCUCCCUAUCACCUUACAUCCUGUCAUUCCUUUGGAAGGUCACAGCAAUUUGUGAGUUCUCAGACCUUUUCUAGAUUGAUCCCUCAGCAGUAUUUAACACGGUUGACUUCUGCUUCCUUCACUUUCCUGAUACUGCAUUCUUACCAUUUUUUCUUCUCUUUCUUCUACAUCUCUUUCAGUCUCCUUGGUUGGUCCAGUCUUCUGCUGCUCAUCUCUUCAGUGUUAGUGGUGUUAGUCAAGAUUGAAUCCUGGGCCCUCUUUCAUCUGACUUGAGCACUCUGCCUGACCAUGGCUUCAGUUCAAUGUGACCAUGCCCCUGAUUCCAGCUGGCUACUUAGAGGUUCCACACACAUCUCUUGACUUUUUAAGACCAAAACCACAUCCAUUUUCUCCACCCCAGUUCUCCUUUGGUUUACCCUAUUUCAGCAAUGAACUACUGCCCAGCCUGUUGCUUCAGGCUAGAAACCCGUGUGUCAUCCCUUCUUCCUCCCAGCCAAACCACACAUCUCUCCACGCCUCUCCACUCUGUCCUCAUUCUACUUCCGGCUACCGUCCCCUCUGACCUGUCAUUCCCUCUGCCAGGUGGCUGCCCUGAAGCUGGUAGUUGUGGAGUAGCUUCCUGAUUUUCCUAAUCAUGCUAGAGGUGGCAGAUCCCUUUUUGGCCCAGUUUUUUUGAGAAUCGUUCCUGAAAGUUCAGGCUCCCUUUCUUCAUCCCUCUCAGUAAUUCUGGGAGCUACUAAUAAUCCUUAAAAACAAAAGUCUCUGCCUUCAACCUUUUCUUUUUUCCAUUUUACUCUCACUUCUGCAGUUCAGAGUGGUAUUUCUAAAAUUCAGAUCUAAUCAUGUCAGUCUCCUGUUCAGAAUUCUUCAGUGAUUGCCUGUUUCUUGUUAGACAAAGUCCAAAAUCUUUAACACCCAAAUUGCUGCUUGAUCUAGGCCUUGCUUCCUUUACUAGACUUCUCCCUCUUUUGUAAUGCAGCUGUGUGCUGGUUUUCUUUAAUUUUCUGUGCUGUGCCAUGCUCUCUCACCUUUCCAGGGCUUCACACUUAGCCAUUGCCCUGACAGGAACACUUAUGCCCAUCGUUUGCAGUAUUUGGGCUUCAUCUUAGAUAGUAUGUCCUCCAGGAAGCCUUGCCCGAUCCUGCAGAUCUGGUUCAGGUAAUGUGCGGUCAGUUCCUACUGUACCUUCUUAGACUACGUGAGACAUGCUUAGACAGUAAUUUCUGUUUCGAUAAGGAUCCUUAGUACCUAGCACAGUCCCUGGCAUAUGAUAAAUGUUUAAUAACUAUUUAUUAAAUGAAAGUGAAAUUCUCUUCUUCUGUGAAAAUGUUAUGAGUUCUAUGUGCUGGUUAACUGAGUUUAUCUGGUCCAUGGAAUGUAUUAAAACUUCACUAACAGCAGUAAUCAACCAAACAGCGAACUUCCUUCUUUCCUUUCUUUCCUUCACCUUUUUUUAUACUAAUAUUUAUUGAACACCUAAGUGCCAAUUUAAAGAAAUUAGAUUAAAAUCAAUUUGAACUUUCUGAAAUUGGUAAUAAAAUUGACCAGUACCCUUGAACCCAAACCGUUAGGUAGGGCUGGAAUGGAAAAGAGUCUGUCAUGGAGCCUCUGAUUGGGAUCGAUGUCCGGGUUGAUCUCCAGACUUUCUUACUUAACUAGAUGUCUUCAGUUCAUGUGCUUUGGAGAAUUAGUAGAAUCUUGAAUACUCCCAGAAAUUCCACCUCCAUCUGAGUAUAAAGUCCUGCCUUUAUUAAAAAGUACUUAGUUGAAUAAGGCAAAAAUGUGGUGGAAUGCCCUUUCGUUGGCAUAAGGUUAGGUUGAAUUCUAAUCAUGUAAGUGGGUUUUAUUCAACCCACUGGAAAAGAUAAAAGGCCUGAGUGCCGUGUCACUUAUUUUUGUGUAGUAGACAUGCAAAUCAUUUCUUUUCCCAGACUAUGGUCUGUUAUAUGGAACAAGACCUAAUUUUUUGUCUAACCUUGCCACUGUUAAAACUCCUGUAAUGAUCUAGCUCUUCAUGCACUGAACAUUCAUUAAGUGAUCCAAAUAACAUUUGGCAUUAAAAGAAAAAUUAUGAGGGGCACCUGGGUGGCUCAGUUGGUUAAGCGUUCGACUUUGGCUCAGGUCAUGAUCUCGCAGUUUGUGAGUUCGAGCCCCGCAUCAGGCUCUGUGCUGACAGCUUGGAGCCUGGAGCCUGCUUUGGAUUCUGUGUCUCCCUCUGUUUCUGGCCCUCCCCCACUCACACUCUAUCUCUUUCUGUCUCUCUCUCAAGAAUAAAUAAACAUUAAAAAAUUUUUUUUAAGAAAAAUUAUGAGUAGUAAUUGUGAUUUAUUUAUGAAUUUUUUUUAAAUCCCCGAAUUCUUUUCAUGGGAUUUUAACUUAAUAAAAUAAUCGAGCCUCAUGAAGUUGCUGUUUUUGUGGGUCAAAAAGAUCAAAUAGCAAAUUCCUGUGGUUCAAACUAAUAUUUAUGGAAGAAUGCUACAUAAUAGUGGUUACAUUUGGCACAGUGAAUUUUUUAAAUGUAUUUACUCCUUUUAAGUGAAAUUAGCAAAUUCUGUGUCACCUUAGGAACAGCUGGAUUUUAUGGUGCUGUAGCAAUAGUACAACGAAUAAAACUGUUAAGUGAACGAAGGUGGAUGGAUAUUUCUUUCUUGAUGAAUUUAGAAGUGUCUAAGAAAUACAUUUCUGUGUAUUUCACAAUGUUUUUCUGGGCUGAUUAUCAGGUUUUUGUUGUUUUUAAUCUCCAUGUUUUUUCUCCUAAGUUACGAAAAAUGUAGUUUAUACCCUCGUUGUUUUUCUAGAAACCUUGGAUAGAACAAUAAUAAAGAAGUUAGUUGCUCCAUAAGAAACAAUCUUUGAACUUAAUGCUAAUGAGUUGGGUUUUUUUGUUUUGUUUUGUUUUGGUUUUUUUGCCAGAGCCACCACAGAUUUCUAUGUAAAAAUAAGAAACAAAAACAUUAAUAUGGUUUAUUACAGGAAGGUUUUUUAUAGGGGUUUGGUUUCAUUGAGCUCCUCUGUGACAAAGCAAAUUGAUGGCAGUGAUAGGCUAAUGAUGUCAUUGUGAUGUCAGUUACUCCUACUUAUCCUGCACAUGCUUGCUAGUUUGGAACACUGUAUGUGGACCUGUGAUAGGGGAGGCAAGACAGUUCUGUAUGCAGAAGCCCAUCAUGGCUGUAACUGGAGAUGAAACAGAUGAGGAAACUGAACUUGCCCCAAGUCACAUGGCUGCAGCCACUGGUGACAUGCCAACUUACCAGAUCCGAGCUCCUACUACUGCUUUGCCACAGGGAGUAGUGAUGGCUGCCUCACCAGGAAGUUUGCACAGUCCCCAGCAACUAGCAGAAGAAGCAACACGCAAACGAGAGCUGAGGCUAAUGAAAAACAGGGAAGCUGCCCGGGAGUGUCGCAGGAAGAAGAAAGAAUAUGUCAAAUGUCUUGAAAAUCGUGUGGCUGUGCUUGAAAACCAAAACAAGACUCUCAUUGAGGAACUCAAGGCCCUCAAAGAUCUUUAUUGCCAUAAAGCAGAGUAACUGUCUUUGACUUGGACCUUGUUUACUAUGAACUCUAAUCAAGGCAGGAGAUGCAGCAAUUCUACUAAUUGCCAUGUGGACUUGUGGAAGGGACACUUGUGACCCUUAAGAAUCCAGUUUGGCUUAGUGUUUGACAUUGAAUUGGGAACGCUGUUCCAAGAUUUGGAAUGCAGCCAUGAUCACAUUUAGCAAGCUUACUUCAGCCUGCUUGUCAAUAGCAUGCAAAAAAGUGUUUUGUUUCCCCCUUUGCUUCUACUUUUUUUCAGGGAAGCUGCUAAAGAAUGUCGACGUCGAAAGAAAGAAUAUGUAAAAUGUCUGGAGAGUCGAGUUGCAGUGCUGGAGGUUCAGAACAAGAAGCUCAUA